CUGACUUUCGCUUUUUCAGAAUGCUCACGACGGCCGGGCGACGAUUGUCGCGCGUCUCUGCGUCGCCACGGCCGCGAAUGCGUAACUACACACUUGGCAACAUGCCACCGCCUCCGGCUGUCUGUCAAUACGACACAUGACGCAGAUUCGCCUCACAGGAACGACAAUUUCUCGAGGCAGCCGAAAGAGGUGACAAGCCAACCCUACAGGAAUGCCUUCUCACGUUCUUUUUCCAUCAUUCACUUCUUUCGUUCUCGUUCUGCAGCGGCUACAAUGUUUUUGCUUUCUACAAAAAGGGGCGCAUCGGGAUUUAUGGGAGGAGCAAAAGAGGGCGAAACGCCAUUAAAUGUUAAUUGCCUUGACUCGAUGGGCCGAUCAGCGUUGGAGAUCGCUGUUGACAACGAGAACAUCGAGGUGGGUCCUUUCAUGAUUAACUUUGUUUACUGGGUAUUUUCGAAAGGUGUUAGAAAGCUUGCCGGAAUUGCCGGAUUUACGCUUUACAGCCCAGUAAGUAGCAAAUCAGGCGUUAAAGCUAGUUUCAUUGACUUUAACUGA